GCGGCGUUGGCGGCGGCGGGAUGUGGAAGCUGGGCCGGAGCCGGGUGCUGCUGGACGAGGCCCCGGAGGAGGACGACGCGCCGCGGGCCGAGUGUCCGGCGGCGGGCGGCGCGGCGGGGGCGGCGGCGGCGGCGGCGCAGGUGAGCGGCCAAGGAGCAGGUUUCCGAGGCUGGAAGGAAGUGAGUUCUCUGUUUAAUAAGGACGACGAGCAGCAUCUGCUGGAAAGAUGUAAAUCCCCCAAGUCUAAAGUAGCUAACUUACGAUUAAAAGAAGAAUUGAAGGCAGAAAAGAAACCUGGAUUUUGGGACAAUCUGGUGUUGAAACAGAGUUCACAGCCCAAGAAGCCAGAUGAGAUCGAAGGUUGGGAGCCUCCGAAACUUUCUCUUGAAGAUGUGGCCAUGGAUGUGGGUGACACUGUGAGUGACUGUGCUCCCCGGCUGGACUGGGAAGAAGAUGGGAAGGCCUCCAACAAGUACACCAGCCUGGCUGGCUCCGGAAGCAGCUCGCGCUGGGGCCUGCGGUCGGCAGGGAAGCUGGUCGGCAUCCGCAGGCCGAGCAGAGGCCACCUGACGGACAGCUGGGAGGGGCUGGAGUGAGCGUGAGCUGUGGCCCGGCACCUCUCCUGCUUACCGCCCACUGUGGUGUCUUUCCUCCCCUCUGUGCCUCCUUCCUUCCUCCUCUCGCUGAACUAGAAAGCCCAGUAGUGUCUGCGACUCCUCCACAAGACAGGGACUGGACACUCGGAUGCCUUACUAAGAAGCACUCACCUCAGCUUGGGCUGCUGAAGCUGGGUGUUGGUCUAGCUGCCCCAUGAAAGCUCUUUCCCUGGGGCGGUCUUCAUGCUGCCUCAUAGCCUACAUUGCUUCUUCCUGCAUAGAGACAGGGAAUGGAGCAGUGAACGCACACAUGCCUAUGGCCAGGAACUUGCAGUCUAGCUGUCAGAUGAUCUUCCAGUGGUCACAGCAAAUCAUAUUUAGUUGCAGAUCAC